CGAAUACUCGUACAUCACGAGCAAGCCGUGCUCGUCCGAGCAACUCCCUCCCCUUUCCCAUCUGUUUGCCUCAUCGUACUCGGCGAGCGCAUUCCUGUCCGCCUUGCCUACGAGCAAAGUGUGUACAUAGAGCCAACCUGCGCGGAAGAAAUCCCAAGACGGCGCUCCGACAUCCACUUGAAGCCCACGCUCCACUCUCGUUACUCAUACUGACUUCUCUCGGAGGCUGUCUUGCGUCUCAUAGCACUACCGCCACGCCGUCCAAGAGAGCUCUUCUGCUAUGAGCGUCACGAACGCGGAAGCCGUCGCUGACGGCAAAGUCACUCUUCCGGAGAGCAUUGGUCAGAAGUUUUGGCGAAGAUUCAAGCAGGAGCCACUCGUGCCUAUCGGCGCAGCGGCGACGACGGUCGCUCUGGUUACCGCGAUGGUCAAGAUGCGGCGCGGUGAGCGCAAGUCGAUGAACUAUUGGCUCCGCGCGCGCGUGAUCCUCCAGGGCGCGACGGUCAUCGCGCUAGUUGGUGGCUCGUACGCGUACGGGAACUUGAAGAACCAGAAGGAAGCGCGGGCGGCCGCGAAGCAGGAGACGGCGCUCGGAGAGGCGGCACAGGAGCGCGCAGCGUUUGAGGAGCGGCUGAAGGCGGCGGAGGAGUCGACACGGCUCGAGGAGGGGUAUGACAAGGAUGACACGACGCCCUCGCCACCGCAGGGUGUGAGCGCCGCGCCGGCAUCCGUGGAUGCGGUGCGCUCCCCCGCGGCGGAUGCGCCUCAACCCACGCAGAGCAAGGGAUUUUGGGAGAAGCUGGGCUGGGGGGGCUCGCAAAAGAAAUCGUAA